UUUAAUUUUGGUUUUGGUUUUCGGUUUGGUUUUGCUGUGUGUUGUCAUGAUAUUCAAUUUCACCGAUUUGAACCACAUGGCUCCAUUUUGCCGCUAACAAAUUAGGUUCAUAAACUACGACAGAUCAGACAUUGACGCGGUCAACUAUCAACACAACAAUUUAUCUUCACAACCAAAAUCUCUACAAAAUGCGAUAAAUCACUUCUACAAGCUGCAAAACAUACUGAAUCAAUAUUAGUUAUUAAUCCGUCAAUAUAUAUACAAAAUGCCACGUCCAAAACGUACAAAAGUUAAUCGUUCUGCGCCUGCGCCUGCCCAACGCGUCACAUAUUCAACGGAACCAGUCGCGACAGAGCCUGUACCAGCAGCAGCACCGGCCGCGCGUCCUUUCAAUGAUUUAUAUGAUGUUAGCGAUGAUGAUCGCAAUAAAUCCGCGAGCGCUAAGAAGUCAGUCAAGGGAAAGGCCGUUGCAACACGAACUAGUGGUCGUAAAACCGCGAGCGAUAUCGACGAUACCAAAUCUAGAAAAGCUGUGAAUACUGCAAACCAGAAGAAUGCGCCGAAUGUAGAAUCGGGUGAUGAUGCGAUGGAAGUAUCGAGUAGUCCCGAGGUUGAGGCAGGAAGAAGAGGUAGACUCACAUUGGCCAUGGACAAUUCUGUGCUUGCGAUUGGAAACUUUCGAAGAAGGGCACGAGAGCCGAGUAUUUUAGGACAGCAAGGCUCACGAGCUCGAUCGAGCAGUAUUGAUUCGGACUUGGCAGAGGAAAACGGUCUUACAAGUGUUGGAAAGAGUAAUACAUCUGGGCUAGGAUUAGGAACAUUUAGAGGGCGCCCCGGAUCUAGGAGACCAAGUAGUGUAGCCGGGGAUAGACCUGAAAUUGGAUCAGUGUUGCGCCUUGGUAACUUCAAAAGAAGAGCUCGGGAACCUAGUAUAUUGGGAACGGCGCGAAAGCCAGAGCAAGCAAGACCUACAUUUGAUUCGGAUUCAGAUUCGGAUGAUUUUGCGCCGGAAGAUGAAUCAACACCUUUAAACUUUACCAAGGGAAGGGCUGUACCUUCAUCUUCAAGUUCAAGAAAGCGAAAACUAUCCAACGUGCAAGUUCCACGUUCACAACAGGCUUCGCAAGCGCAGCAGAGCCCUUCCAAAUUGCCUGUGAACGACUCGGAUCCUGAAGAUACUGUACUUGCGACUGCGCCGAUAGAGAGUGAUGAAGAGGAGGAGAAUGAUUUACCGGAACUAGACAAAGAGUCUUCACCAAAUGAUUCGCCAUUACCAUUUAUUGAACGCAUCACAACACCCGAACCUAUGAGUGAAACCAUGGCACCUCCACGCGGUAGCAGUUCUUCUCUCUCGCCUGCUCAAUCUUUACCAUCACCUCCACCCCCUCCUCAACUUACUUUAAAUCUACAUCAAGCAGUUGGUCGAACUCGACGAAAUAUACAACCUCGGACUCCACCACGUGUUGCAAAUUCGGAAAUGCAAUCCUCCCCUAUAUCUUCUCCACCCUCACUCACACAUUCUCCGGACAUACCCACACGGUCCACGUCCAAACGAGCUACACGUAAAGUCGCGCCUCAGCCUGCAACACUAUCUACCGCAGCUUUACAAGCUCUACUCCCAAGACGUCGUCAACGCCAUCGAUCCGCUUUAGACGUGGAAUCUGAUGGUGAAGUAAAUGUUACUGGCCUUGGUGAACAUGAUGACGAACUAACCAUAACCGUCGCACCAACUACUCGUCGUCAAGCAUCUGCUCGAUCUAAUCCCAGAGCACCUGCCUCGCCUUCAAAACCUUCCCAAAAAGCCAAACCUACCGCAAAAGGCAAAGGAAAAAGAACCUAUGGAAGGAAACCCGCGACUACAACAUCGGAUAAGGAAAAUGAAGCUGAUCAGGAUGAUAGUUUGGCACCUAUUCAAGACACAACAUCACCUGAAGAGCCUCGGAGUGAAAAUAGUUCGGAAUUAGAAAAGAGGGUAGGAAAGGAAUUGAAGAAAGCGGCGAGGAAAUUCCAGGAAGUUGAUAAAUGGGAGUUGGAUUUUGAGGAAUGUGAAGCAAGCAGUGAUCAACUUGCCCGGUAGUACUCAUCAAUCCAUGAAAGAGGUGUAAUGUAAACGAAUUUUAUUUUGCUUACGGAGAGCAAAAGGCAUAGCGAGGAGUUGGGGUUAUGAAAUGAACAUGUCUUUACGAGUUUAUACACAAUAUUGUUAUGAGUGGUUUGAAUAAACUUGGGGAUCGGUGGUGAAAUAGCAGUUUAUCUGGAAUGGGGCUUUUACGCCUGGUGUUGCAGGAACGAACACUUACGGUUUGAUGGCUGAAUACAGAUUCGUUUCAUGUAGUUGCUCAGUAUGAUUUAUAGCUAGAUAACUUCUUCUCGUUUGCGAAAAGUGAAGGUAUUAUAAAGCUUAAAGCAAUGAAUAUGAGUAUCAAGCCUUCACGUA